GGCUGGACUCGGCCGCCUGGAGAUGAGCGAGGCAGGCAGCUCUGAUGGGUACGACGAGAUGUCCUGCUCCCAGGAGGACACCUCGGAUCCCGAGGAGGAGAUCUUCGACUCGGAGCCCAUUCGGCAGCAGACGCAGACCUUCACCGUGCUCGACGCCUCCGAGUGCCUCGCGCUCGCGCAGAAGGAGGUCGAUGAGGUGAGGGAGCUAUUAUGCUGCAGCGAGGAGGUGGCCAGCAUCCUGAUGCGCCAGUUCCGCUGGAACCGCGAGAAGCUCACCGAAGAGUACCUUUGCGACGCAGACAAGGUACUCAAGCGCGCGGGCAUCCAUCAGGGCGAGAACCUCGAGAUCGUCCACGCCGACGGCGCUGUGGCCGUCGGCGGCACGUCUCAGCCGCGCGGGUCGCUGCCGGACGUGCAGUGCUUGAUAUGCUACGAGACGUCGGCCGACUACUCUGCGCUCGGCUGCGGGCACCAGUUUUGCAACACGUGCUACACCACCUUCCUGGCCCACAAGAUCACCGACGAGGGCUACAACUGCGUCUUUGCUACGUGUCCAAAGCCCGAGUGCUCGCUGGUGGUCUCGGAGCGGCUGGUGCACUCGCUCGCGCUGCCGGCCGACAAGCGCGCCAUCUUUGACAAGGCGCGGCGCAUCGAGCGGUCUUACGUCGACGACAACCCAAACCUCAAGUGGUGCACGGCUGCCGGGUGCGGCAACGCGAUCCGCGCGCCAAAGGGGCACCUCGGCGUCAAGUGCUCGUGCGGGCAGCGCUUCUGCUUCAAGUGCAACGACGAGGACCACGCGCCGUGCUCGUGCGAGGAGCUGGCCAAGUGGAUGGUCAAGUGCCGCGACGACUCGGAGACGUACAACUGGCUGAUGUCCAACACAAAGGCGUGCCCCAAGUGCGCCACCUCGAUCGAGAAGAAUGGCGGCUGCAACCACAUGACGUGCAAGAACUCCUCUUGCAAGUUUGAGUUUUGCUGGGUCUGCCUCGGCCCUUGGCGUAUCCACCGCGCAGGCUCGUACUACUCGUGCAACCGGUACGACCCGGAAAAGGAGAAGGAGAACCCCGAGGCCAAGAAGAAGGACUCGUCGCGCGCCGCCCUCGAGCGGUACCUGCACUACUACACCCGCUUCACAAACCACCACAACUCGCUCAAGUUUGAGGUCGAGGCGAGGGCAAAGAUGGAGGAGAAGAUCAAGGAGAUGGAGAAGCAGGGCGACAAGACGUGGAUCGACUGCACCUACCUGAAGGAUGCAAACGAGGCGCUGUACGAGUGCCGGUACGCACUGCAGUACACGUACGUCUACGCCUUCUACUUGCCGCAGGGCGGCAACUUCCGCACGCACUUUGAGAUGAACCAGACCGAGCUCGAGCAGCAGACAGAGCAGCUGUCCGAGAUGCUCGAGAAGGACGUGUCGGAGAUCCACCGCGCAGAGGUGGUGCACUGCUUCACGAUGGCAAAGACGAGGCUCACCAACUUGCUCGAGCUCGUCGCCGUCCGCGGAUCGGGCUCCGCGACCGACACCUCGGGCGGAGCUGGCAGCAGCAGCGACCCGUGACCGCGGGGAGGACCCGCGGCGGCAGGGCAGGCGCUGAAUGCAUGGGGCGUGCGUCGAGGGGCCGGCGCCUCGCCGGCUGCUCGUCCUCGUCCUCGCGCCCCUCACAGUACUCUGACACCGUCUGACAAAACCAUGGAGAGAUGGAGAGAGAGCUGAGAGAGAGAGAGCCGAGAGGGAGCAGAGAGAGUUCGUCCAAUGAGACCGAGAGUCUGGAGAGAGGGAUAUGUACGAGAGUCGCGGUUGAAAAAAAUCUAGGCGCAAAGCGCCGUAUUCAAA